UUAUAAGUCAGUCCAUUUUGGCCGGGUGCUCUAGUUUCACUUUCGACGUCCAACGCUGUUGAACAGGGCGCUAACCCAACAAUUUCGGAAGGAUGGAAGCAUUCAAUGUCAGGAUCUGUGCUGUGGCAGCCUGUCUUCUCCUGGCGUCGCAGGCCACCGGCUACACGAUGCAGGAUCUGUGCCAACAGUGGUCGGGCACUGGCUACGUCGGCAAUCCGAGCGACUGCCAUGCCUGGGGAUACUGCAAGGACCAGCAGGUGGUGGCCUGGGGCACCUGUGGGGCGGGACUGGUGUAUAACGCGCAGACGGCCAGCUGUGAAUACGCCACUACCACGCCGUGCUCCACCAGUGCCGUGGAGACCUGCUCCAACGUCAAAUCUCCCAUGUAUGUGGCUGAUCCGCUGAACUGCACCUCAUACGGCUAUUGCGAUGGUGCGGGCGGAAUCUCCUAUGGCAGCUGCGGCAGUGGUGGCGUCUAUUCGGCAGCGUCCACAUCCUGUGUGUGGGGACCCACCUGCCCGCAGGCAAGCAUCUGUCGGUUCAUGAAGUCCAACAUCUUUGUAGGCGAUCCGAACAAGUGUGGCAACUACAUCAACUGCGUCAACGGAUAUGGCACCUCGACCGCAUGUUCCUCCACCGCGGAUAGCUUCUAUAAUGCAGCCACUGGCAACUGCCAGUCGACUAAUCCGUGCACCGGCGACAACACAAACGCUGGAAACUCUGGCCAGUUUACUGUUGGGGAACCAAGUACUACUGCAUGUAACGCAGAAGACUUUGAAAAUGCAGUUGACCUUACAGUAGACGGGAAAGCUGUUACCUAUAAGUACGUUCCAGAUGGGCAAACCUGCUAUGGUUACUACUACUGUGCAGCUAAAGGUGCCACUGGCUAUUGGAACCAAUGUCCCACCGGUACCCAAUUCAAUAGUGCUCUGGGCCAGUGCGUCUCGCCAGCCUCGUUUGUCUGUGGCGAAAACCGAUGUGGGAACGUCAACAACCCAUUCAUGGCCGUAAAGGGAUGCCUGAGCUACACGAUCUGUUCCAGCGGAAUAACUGAGAAUUGUCCCUCUACAGCUGAGUACUACGACGAGGUAAACAAUAUCUGCACCAAAGACAUUCCCAAAUACGCCAUUUGUAAGUAGACGGCUUUUGCACGCGCACCUCCUCUAGCCAUGUCUAUUUGCUGAGAUACCCCUUAUGAAAUGCAUACAUAAAUAUCAGUGCUGAAGGCAUUCAAAGAAACUAAUAA